AUGACCGUGCCCUGGCAGCCAGGAAAGCGACACAUCACUUAUAAGGAAGAGGAGGACUUGACACUCCGGCCCCGUGCCUGCCUCCAGUGCUCCGAGUCCCUUGCAGGCCUCCAGGGGGGUGGAAGCACCAAGCAGGAUAACCACGACCAGCUUAAAGAACUGUAUUCGGCUGGGAACCUGACGGUGCUGGCUACUGACCCUCUGCUCCACCAGGACCCAAUUCAGUUAGACUUCCACUUCCGCCUCACCCCCAAGAUCUCUGCCCAUUGGCACGGCCUUCUCUGUAACCAUCGACUCUUCCUAGACAUCCCAUACCGGGCCUUGGACCAAGGCAACCGGGAAAGUUUGACUGCAACACUGGAAUAUGUGGAAGAGAAGACCAAUGUGGACUCCGUGUUUGUAAACUUCCAAAAUGACCGGAAUGACAGAGGUGCCCUGCUGCGGGCUUUCAGCUACAUGGGCUUUGAGGUGGUCAGACCAGACCACCCUGCUCUCCCUCCCUGGGACAAUGUCAUCUUUAUGGUGUAUCCCCUGGAAAGGGACCUUGGCCACCUGCCCAGUGAGCCUCCAUGAACAUGCUUAUUCCAACUCCAUGAGGGGCUGGAAGCCCUGACACAUGGGAACCAGGGGUCCAGGAUGUGAUUCAGGCCACAUACUAGGAAUAAAAGGGUAGUGCGAUCA